AUGGCAGUCCCAACAAUAGCUUUAUACGCGAGCCCACCUAGCAGUGUGUGUUCAACAUCAUAUACAUGCCAAACCAACGCGCACGCAACUUAUGAGUUUGAAUUGAAUCCGAGAUCUUCGUCAACAGCUUCGUCUAGUGCGUCUUCCUCUCAUAAACCAAUUGUUGGUGGUCUAUCGCGUUUGUUUUCAUCCCUAGCAGUGAAAGAUGCAUCAUUUUCGAGUGAUAGAGAGGAAUUGGGAGGAGACGAAUUGAAGGAAUUGAGUGGUUCAUUUUGUUAUACACCGAGUAAAUACCUUGCUGGCUCUUCUAUAAAGAGGGAUCAAAGUCCGGUUUCGGUUUUGCAAGGUCAAGUCUCUUGUUCUAGUAGCCCACCUAUGAGGAUUGCUAGAGAAAGGAGUGGUUGUGAUGUGGGUUUUCAGACUUCAAUUCAUGUCUCAUUUCAUGGUGGGGCUAAUGGGCUCUUUAAUGGGUUUGUGAGGAACGCAUUAGGGUCUUGUGUUGAUUAUGAUUCUCCGAGUUUUGAAGUUCACAAUAAUGGUAUUGAUGUGGGUUUCAUCUUCUGUGGCUGCACAAAAUUUUUUGUGAUCAAGGCUUUUUAUGAGGCUGAGAAAGCACAUAGGGGACAGAUGCUCGCCAGUGGAGAUCCUUAUUUGCAGCAUUGUGUAGAGACUGCAGUUCUGCUUGCUAUCAUUGGUGCUAAUUCCACAGUGGUUCCUGCAGGGCUUUACAUGACACUUUAG